AUGGAUUCAAUUUUUGAAGCAUCAGAUUCAGGUUCAUUCGCGUCAUAUUAUCGAAGUAUACUUUGUAAUACGCAGAACAUCAAUAACAAAGCAUUGCAAAAGAUUCUUGAAAAAAGUGGUUCAUCAGCUUUUUUUGUUGAUCGAUCCAUUUCAUUAUUUAAUUCCCACUAUUCCAAAAAUGAAGAAUAUACAUUAAUCGAUGAAUUCCGCAAGAAGGUACCACUAACUACAUAUAAUGAUUUUGAAGUUUAUAUUAAUCGAAUGAUUUAUGGUGGAGAGAAAAAUCUGCUCACUUCCAAUACCAUUUAUUAUUAUGCUAUAAGUUCUGGUACUACAGCAACGAAGAAAUUUCUUCCUUUCUCCGAAUCUAUGUUGAAAGAACGUUCGAUAAACAUACGCAUUGGACGAUCCGUCAUUUGGAGAUCUCUUUCACCAUCAUCAUUUCCAUCACCUGAACAAUUAUCAUUUGAAUUACAAAGUACAAGACGAGAAGAGAUGUUUUAUAAAGCGAAAGAUGGAACACCGAUGGGUCCUCUCACUCAAGUUUUUUCCAUUGUACCGUUUGAUUCUGAAACGAGAAGAAUAAUAUUUGAUUCUAAUGUUAUAGCACUCGAUCUUAUCAAAAGAGUUGGUCAUUUUGCAAGGGGGAAAAUGCAAACUUUAAAGCAUAAAGUACCGUAA